UUGACGGUCAACACGCGAAAUAAGCAAAUAACAGAAGCUUCAGAUCACGUUCAAUGAAUCGCAGUACCUUUUCAACUCAGGCGCGUUCCACAGCUAUCUCUUCCAUAGGCUCAAGUCAGCUUAGUAAUAAUUAAGUGACUAUGUUUUUUCAAUUUAUGAAUGUAUGCCUACUUAUCUUUACAUGAUUAUGCUACGAAGUCAAAAGUUUAUUAAUAAACGAGCGUUAUUUACCCAAAUUGUUGCUGAGUAGUUAAGACUUACUGCUGCUCAGUGCGUUGAUUAGGAAGCAAACAUUACGAAUUCUUUACUUCCAGUGUAAUAAAGUUCAAUGACUCAUACAUAUAAUUACAUUAAACACCAAGGUUUCUUUUACAAUAUUACGUAUGUAUAUUAUGUAAAUAAAUGUGUAAUAGAAAAACUCUCUUAUUACACCUAAUGAUGACAAACAGCGACAGUGGAUCGCGCGACCUCGCUCGCAAUCCGCCCAAACAAACCGGAGCGGUAUUCCGUGCGAUCGCCAUAAAUCGUCACUAAAGAAAGAAUCCGCUGAAAGCAAUAAGAUCAACAUUGAACGUUGUUUAAACAACUGUAUUGGAACAGAACAAUCAGUCCCUGGGUCGCAAUAAGGCGUAAUCCCUAGGGCGGGCGGCGCGCGCUCGUCGCUUCCGCCCGCCGACUCACAACUUCUAACUAGACACUGGGCAGCGCGCGCGGGUAGACUGCCUCUCAUUUGGAGAAAUGUGACUGUGGAUUUUUAUCCUUAAAAAAUCUAUAGACUUGUAAGUUUAGCGUAGUGAAUAUGUCGGAUAAGUUGAAUGAGUACGUGGGGGUGGUGGGGCGGCUGCACGGCGCGCGCGACCGGUGCCGCGAGCGCUGGGCCGCCUGGCGGGACCGCCACCCCGCCGGCGUCAAGGAUGCCGUCAAGGAGUCCCUCUUCGGCAUCCCCAACUCCGACAAGCCGCCCGAGAUGGUGUGGCAGGACAGCGAGUUCAGCGAUAUUUAUAGACGCAAAAGCCGCAUGGAGCUGAUGCGGAUCUCUGCCGCCGUCAUGGGCAUCGAGUUCUCUUACGCGGGAGAGACGGCCUUCGUCUCACCAACGCUGCUACAGAUCGGGGUGCCGCACCAGCAGAUGACAUUAGUGUGGGCGCUGUCUCCGCUGGUUGGCUUCUUCAUGACCCCGCUGCUGGGGUCGUUGAGUGACAGGUGCCACUCCAGGUUCGGGAGACGGCGGCCGUUUAUCGUGCUGCUCUCUAUGGGAGUGCUGUUGGGGCUAAUCCUGGUGCCCAACGGCGAGUCUCUAGGCUACGCUAUGGGCGACGCAGGGGCGCCCAACCGCACCGCCGUUCCCUCAGCGCUGGGUCCGCGCAGCUCCGCGCUCGACACCCCUGAGGGGCCCGCAGUGGGCGCGCACCACCCCUGGGGCGUGCUGUUCACGGUGCUAGGCACAGUGUUUCUGGACUUCGAUGCUGAUGCGUGCCAGAGCCCCGCCAGGGCUUACUUGCUGGAUGUUACUGUGCCAGAGGACCACGCGAAGGGGCUGAGCACGUUCACGGUGAUGGCGGGGCUCGGCGGGUUCAUGGGGUACGCGCUGGGCGGGAUCAACUGGGACGAAACUAGAUUAGGCGACUUCUUCGGCGGCCACGUGCGCGCGGUCUUCUCUCUCAUCACCGUGAUCUUCGUGGCCUGCGUCUCCGCGACCGUCACCAGCUUCACCGAGGUGCCCCUCCCCCAGCUGCAGGGACAGGAGCAGUUCAGGAAGCUGGCUGAGGAGGAGAGGAACCAGGAGACCUCGUUCGACUGCGCGGACGAGGUUGUGGAGAAGAACGGGAUUAAGCGGGAGAACACGACUUAUGGGUCGUUGAAUCCUACUGAGCUAGCAGCGCCCCUAGCGCACUCGGGCCAGCCGCUGUCCCUCGGGCACUACCUGCGCUCCAUCGUGCAGAUGCCGGCGUCGCUGCGCGUGCUGUGCCUCACCAACCUGUUCUGCUGGAUGGCGCACGUGUGCUACUCGCUCUACUUCACCGACUUCGUGGGGGAGGCGGUGUUUGGUGGGGAUCCUGCUGCGGCGCCGGGCACGGAGCGGCGCGCGUUGUACGAGGCCGGCGUGCGGUUCGGCUGCUGGGGCAUGGCGCUGUACUCGCUGUCCUGCGCCUGCUACUCGCUCGUCAUCGAGAGACUCAUCAAGAUGCUUGGAGCCCGGCGCGUCUACGUGGGCGGCCUGUGCACGUACAGCUGCGGCAUGUUCCUGCUGUGCGCCCUGCGCGCGCGCGCCGCCGUCCUGCUGUUCAGCUGGACCGCCGGCGUCAUGUACUGCACGUUGUUCACCAUGCCCUACCUGCUGCUCGCGCACUACCACGCCACUGGCACGUGGGACAGCGGCGGCGGCGGGUCGGGCGCGGCGCGCGGGCUGGGCACGGACGUGGCGGUGGUCAGCAGCUGCGUGUUCGUGGCGCAGCUCCUGGUCUCCGUCAUCAUGGGGUUCGCCGUCAAGCUGACCGGCUCCACGGCCGCCGUGGUCGCGGUGGCGGCGGCGCUGGCUGCUUGCGCGGCGGUGACUGCUAAUCGGAUCACGUACCUCGACUUGUAGUAGAGUUGUAGUCAUAGGAAUGCUUAUUGUAUAAAUGAUGGCGAAAAUUCUUGUGCCAAACCAUGUUUAUUUGUCUUUCGAAAUACGUUUUUUUUUUACUUAAUAACUCAUUUGUGCUGCCGAUUUCCGACAGUUUACUGAAGAAAUUCUACCUUUUAUAUGAACAUUUAGAUUUGUCUAAACCUCUUUCAGUACUGUCAGCCUAUAUUU